AACAAUACAAAACUCUUCAUUUAUUUCUUCCUUCAUUCAAAUAUCUAAUGGAUUGUUAUAUACCCAGCCUUAUGCCAGGAACAUCUGAUAUACGGGUUACCAAAAACACAUUUGGUUCCUCUUCUCCUGGAGCUUAGUCUAGUGGAGAAAGCAAACAUAAGUAAAACCAUUGCCCACACACAUAAAAAAAUGUUUACCUAAAAACUGGGACUAGGUAGAAAAUUAUUCUGUAGCAAAUGGUGGUUGUUAAGUAGCAUAGCAGCAAAUGCAGACCUGCAUUUCAGGAUGAGAAAACUAUAUUGCAGCUAAAUGAAAUUACAGUAUAGAGAGGUAUUUAAGGUAACAGAACCAAAUUACUACAUUAAUACAAUGUUAACAUUCUUCUAAUUCUUAUGAAAGUACCAAGGAAUUUUCAGUGAUUACAAAUCCAAGGUAAAUUUUAUCGCUGAUGUCCUCAGAGCGCCCUGGUCUCGCCAUAGCCACUCUUCUCUCCAUGGCCCUGCCAAGCCUUCAGAGCCAAGUCCACCAGCUUCACUGUCAACACGGUUGGCCACCUAUUUCAAAAGGGGAGACUCUACCCACCUGAUUGUCUGGUUUCAGCUGUCGAAGCCUCAUGGUCUCAUCCUCAAAGGGACUAUUUUUUAAAAACUAAAGAAAAAAAGCAUGUAAAAAGCAAAUCACCUCCACAAGCCCGGCCAGGAGACUCCAGCCCACCUGACUGCCGCCGCGGGCUCCCUUAGCCUGUUCUCGCUCAGGACUGGAGGAAGCCGCCCGCCCGCCAGCCAGCGCCCAGCCCCGCAUCACCGGCCCGCCCUUCACUCGCCGGCACCUGCAGCGGCCUGUCGCUGGGUGCGACCGUCAUAUCGGAAUCCGAGUCCGAAGGCUGCCCAUCUUCCGUGUCUCCGGCUGCCUGCGGCACGUGGAGGGCGGUGGCAGGAGAGCACUGCUGGCCACGCGGCAGGAAGGCCCGGCCCGCGGCGGCUCUCGGGCGCCCCUGCGUGGCCAAGGCUGAGCGAGAACGGUCACCUUUGCAAAAAUUCCAGCUACCCCAGGAAAAUGGGUCCCCGGUAACCUCUAUCCUUUUCUUCCAAAGUUUGUUUUCCUGCAAACACAAGCAUACGCACGGACCGCGGUCGUCUGGGAUUCCCCCCUGGCCUCACACCUGUCAGCCGGAUGCUCUGGAUGACCUCCCUGUUUCCAUUCUUGCUCCUCCACAAUCCACUCUACGUGUAGCUUCCAGGGCAGCCUUUCGGGCAGUACAAUCGACUUAUGCAUGGACACGGAACCCGCGGAUACGGAGGGCCCACUUACUAUGCCAUUUUACAUAAGGGAUUUGAGCAUCCACGGCGUCCAAGGACUCCGACGGCAAACCGUACCUGAGGUCACUGCCCCACUGAAAUCUUCCAGAGGCUUCCUUCCUGCCAAGUAAGGCCCGAGUGCUCAGCAUGGCAAACAAGGCCCUGUGAUCUGGGCAUCUGGCCACUGGCUCUGGUCUGUGCCCCUGGAUAGCUGUUGGACGUUGCCAUUCAUCAGGCACCUUUGUUCUUUCCAGGUGAAAGGCGUUUGCAGUUGCUGUUCACUCUGCCUGGAAGGGGGCUUCCCCACCCCCACCCCAGUCCUCGCACAGCUCCUCCUGCGUGAUUCAGGUUUCUGAUUGAAUGCCACCACAGAGAGGCCUUCCUGGGCUUUGUUCCAUCAUCCUAACUAAAACAGGAUCUCCUACUGUCACUUUGGAACCCUUUAUGUGUUUCUUCAUAGCAUUGAUGGUUUUAUAUGUAUUUGUUUUAUUUUUUGAGUUCCCCACUAAUAUGUCUGUUUUAUUCACUGUUUUUCCCCCAGUGUUUAGCCUAGUGACUUCUUACACAUGAUAGGUGACCAAGAAAUAUUUGAAAUGUUUUCUACAUAAAUGCGAUCUUAUUAUUUGUACCUUUUAUUGUUCUGCAAUCAGCUUAUAAAUAGAAACUAUGUAGCAGUGUAUCCUGGACACCUUUCCAUGCCUGAAUAUAAAGAUCUAGCACCCUCUAUUGUUUAUUUUUUAUUAUUAUGGGUACAUAAUAGUUGUAUAUCGUUACAGGGUACAUGUGAUAUUUUCCUACAGGCAUACCAUGUGUAAAAAACAAAUCAGGAUAAUUGGGGUAUCCAUCACCAUUUCAAGCAUUUAUCAUUUCUUAGUGUUAGUAACAUUCUAAUUCCAUUUUUUUAGUUAUUUUAAAGUAUAGCAUAUAACUUAUUGUUUACUAUAGUCACUUUUUUGUGCUAUCAAAUAUUAUUCAUUCUACGUAAUUAUCUAUUUUUUUGCACCCAUUAAUGGUUCCCACUUUAGCCUCCCACCGCCACCUGGCUAUUCUUCCAGCCUCUAGUAACCAUCAUUCUAUUCUCUAGCACCUUUUUGAUGAUUCCCUGGUAUUCGUUGCAUGGAGGUACCAUCAUUUAUUUAACUAGUCUCAAAUAAUGCACAUUUAGACUAUAGCCAGUGUUUCCCAAUUACCAAAGUGUUGCAAUUAACAUGUAUUUUUACAAACUUGUUUUAUUAUUUCCUCAGGAUACAUUUAUAGACUAUAAGGAAAAGAAUGAAUAGGGAUUUUUGACAUGAGAAUUUAAAAUCUGGAAAGGAAAUUAGAAAUCACCUGGUCCACCCUUUUGCCUCGUUGGCCUCCUGAGAGCAAGAUGGGUCACCAGCAGCUCUAUUGGAGCCACCCGAGAAAAUUCGGCCAGGGUUCUCACGCUUGUUGUAUCUGCUCAAACCAGCACUGUCUGAUCCUGAAAUACAGCCUCAAUAUGUGCCAACAGUGUUUCUAUCAAUACGCGAAGGACAUCGGUUUCACUAAGUUGGACUAAGUGAUCUUCUUUGAAUGGAUUUUCCACGGCACCCACAAAGUACCAUGCAAGCUCUUUGUAUAUAAAAUAAAAUUUAAAAGAAACUUAAGGCCAGGCGUGGUGGCACA